AUGGCGGGACGAUGGUUCACUGCGUGGUGGGGACUUCAUCGUUGGCAUCGUGGGGGGAAAGUAAUCGUCGUCAUCGUCGUCAUCGUCGUCAUCGUCGUCAUCGUCGUCAUCGUCGUCGUCCUUCUUGUGUUUGCGCUGUUUCUCCUGCUCAUCCUCUUCGCCGGCGCUGGAGAUAGGGUCGGUGCCUGGAGACUUGGGGCUGGAGACCUGUGUGUCCGUGACCGAGACGCUCGACGCCUUCUUCAUGAGGUUGGGCGGAAACGCCGGCUGCAGACUACCACGUGGGGCUGUCAUCCAAGCCGGAUCGUCCGACACGUCAUCGUCGUCGCUAUCACCGUAGUACGGAGACUGCUGCGAGUGCUGUUGCUGGUUGGACACACGCACCGAGAGGCUGCCGCGAACGGGUGGCGCGUUGUGGUUCACCAGGCCUUCAUGGUAAGGCAUGUAGGCCAGAUCCAGUUCGUUGCUGCUGCGUGUUUCCAGCAUCAGCGACGCUAG